CGACAGGUGUUGGUUUGCUGGAGAACGAGUGAACUAUCCUAAUUUCUCCUGCAUUUGCUUUCAGGGGCCAAGUCAGGAAUAUGGCAACUCUAAAAGACAUUACCAGGCGUUUGAAGUCCAUCAAGAACAUUCAGAAAAUUACAAAGUCUAUGAAGAUGGUUUCUGCAGCAAAAUAUGCAAGAGCUGAGAGGGAGCUGAAGCCUGCUAGGGUCUAUGGAACAGGAGCACUGGCUCUCUAUGAGAAAGCAGAAAUAAAGGCACCGGAGGACAAGAAGAAGCACCUCCUUAUUGGUGUGUCCUCUGACAGAGGUCUUUGUGGUGCUAUCCAUACAUCCAUUGCUAAAACCUUGAAGAACGAGAUUACCAACCUCUCAAACGCAGGGAAAGAAGUCAUGGUGGUUGGAGUGGGUGACAAGAUCAGAGGCCUACUUCAGAGGACACAUGGCAAUUACCUACUGCUGACAUUCAAAGAAGUGGGACGGAGACCUCCGAGCUUUGGAGAUGCUUCGGUCAUUGCCUCAGAGUUGUUAAACUCUGGGUAUGAAUUUGAUGAAGGCUCUGUCAUUUACAAUCGGUUCAGGUCUGUCAUCUCCUACAAGACUGAUGAAAAACCAAUCUUCUCCCUUGAAACAGUUGCUGGUUCUGAAAGCCUAAGUAUCUAUGAUGAUAUUGAUGCUGAUGUGCUGAGAAACUACCAGGAAUUUACACUAGCAAAUAUUCUGUACUACUCUCUGAAAGAAUCCACCACCAGCGAGCAGAGUGCUAGGAUGACUGCUAUGGACAAUGCUAGCAAGAAUGCUUCUGAGAUGAUUGACAAAUUGACCUUGACAUUCAACCGUACCCGUCAAGCCGUCAUCACCAAGGAGCUUAUUGAGAUCAUCUCUGGUGCUGCUGCUCUGGAUUAAUCGGAAAAAGCGGUACAGCCAAAUCCAAGAGGUGAAGAAGAGCUCUUCUGAGCAUAUGGUGUAACAUGACUGUGUCUAUAUUAACAAGACUUCUCUGUUAUUUUGUGAAGAAGUUGAUAAAGCCUCAGAAAUCUGUGAAUUCUUACAAUAAACCAUCUACAUGAAACAAAUGUU